UCAGUUAGUGUACUACAGACAUGUUUUUUUACGAUGUUUCUGACCCGACUUCUCACAACACCAAUGAUGAAAUUGUAAAAUUUACUAGCAUUGAAGAAACAUGGGCAUUAUUCCAUCAAAGAGGAAAAAGAAAACAGUGAAUGAAACUAUCAAGAGACCAACAGUUGAAAUAGAUAAAGAGCCAGAAUCCUGGAAGAACAUGGGAUUCAGGUUAUUCAAGGAAAUAUUGGGAGAGGAAUUGUUUGAAAAAAAGAUGGCAGAGGCAGACGAGCCUCCACCAGAAGCUGGACCGUUCAGUGCGUCACAGUUGGCACUUUAUGUUAAAAAGUAUCAAGCCGGCUUCCUUCUCAAGACACUCUUAAGACAACAAAAGAGAGGUGUGGGGGCCACUGGAGUUAUAACAGUGCUCAGCAACCCUCUCCUCCCUUCCCACGACUUUUUCUCUGAGGAAAGGGUGUUUCCAGUCCGCCUCCUCCACUUUAAUCUUAUCAAGGAAGACGAUGCCGAAUUAGACGUGAGACUGGCGGCUCUCAAGUUUGCCGACAGUGACUUCGAAUCUCCUUUUGAUCUAUUGUUGCAUACUGGCGCAGAGGCUGCAUAUUGGAGUCUCUACAGCUUAGACAAGAUGCUUAGUGCGUUGAGUGGCGACACAGAAACAUUUGAGGCAUAUUGUCUAGAGGACCCUUGGCACUUUUACUUGACCAUUGCUGCAUUUCGUCGGGCUCCUGAAUCAUUUACUGAUCAGCGAUAUUACUCGUGGAUGGCGUUUCAAUACAAAGCAAAAGACGGUGUGCCCCGCUACGCCAAAUUUCGCCUUGUUCCCGCUUAUGAUAGAAAAGAAACUGGACUUAUGACAGAAGAAGAGCAAAGAAAACCUUGGCAAACAUUCCGAUGGGAGGGCGAUAGAAGACCUGAAAACUAUUUGAGUGCUGAUUUUGAAGAUCGCAUGUCAGAGGGUGGCAUUCAAUACAAACUCCAAAUACAACUACAUGAAAUACAACCCGACGACUCACAUCUUGUGCUUCACGCGGCUAGAGUCUGGGACCCAGCCACUCACCCUUGGCUAGAUCUCGCCGAGGUCAGGUUGACGUCACUCUUACCAGAGGACGUGACAAAGGGGACACGUUGUUCGUUAGGAAAUAUGCCUUGUAUGUCCUUGUCACUCCUUCCUGCCAAGACUAUCUACGACUAUAAUUCCAUGGCGCACUUAAAAUCGAAACUUCAAUCAGGAUCUAAAAAGCAGAGCUUUUCUUUAAGGAAGAAUUCUAAAUCAGAGGGAAAUAUGUCCAUCUACUGCAUUUCUGUGUUCACUGGAGACCGAAAACAUGCUGGUACUAACGCCGAUGUAACCCUCACAAUCACUGGAAGUAGUGGAAGAACAAGACCUCUUUUGAUGGACAAAUGGCUCCAUGACGACUUUAAGGCUGGACAAGAAGAUACGUAUAUCCUGGCAGCAGAGGAUGUUGGAGAUCUGUUGAUGAUUAAACUACACAAUGAUCAGGGUGGAUUGUAUAGUGACUGGUUUGUGGAGAAAAUCAUGAUUACCUGUAGCCAAAAUCCUCAAAAGCUUUAUGAAUUCCCUUGCUUUCGAUGGGUGCAGAGUGAAUCCAUCUUCUUUACGGGAAAAGCCCUUCUAGUCACAGAUAAGCAGCACGAAGUGGUGCGAAGUCAAAGGCGACUCGAAAUUCAACAGAGACAAGAACUGUUCCAAUGGGGAGACAAUCCUGUGUAUCGCGGUCUACCAGGAUAUGUGAGGUCAGAACACUGGAAAAAGCUACCCAAGGAUGUCCAGUUCACAGAGGAAGCUUUUGAUGAUCUUCACACCGCCAUAAAUAAAGCACUAGUUAAUCUUGGCUCAAUAAAGUUAAUGAAUAUUUUCGAUUCUUGGGAAGACUUCGAUGAUUAUCGUAAGGCAUUCGUUUCUUUCGUUGGUGAUGUUCCAAUGGCUGCCAACCACUGGCAGAAUGACAGCUUCUACGGGGCACAGUUUCUGAAUGGCUGUAACCCUGAGACGAUCAAGCGAUGUAGGGAACUACCCUACAACUUUUCUGUGACACAGGAAUUGGUUGGGAAUCUUCUUGACGAUGGUGACACUCUGGAGAAAGCAAUGAAGGAUGGACGUGUUUAUAUGGUCGACUUAAGCAUUCUUGAUGGCAUCCUCACUUAUGGAUUCAUAGAUGAAAACUUAGAGACGCGCUACACGUGUGCAGCGAUGGGUUUGUUCUAUGUCAGGGGCACUGGAGAUAUGGUACCCAUCGCAAUUCAGUUUCACCAGGGACCUGACGUGACCAACCCAUUAUGGACCCCUAAUGACUCUGAAUUGGACUGGAUCUGCGCCAAGAUGUGGCUGCGUAAUGCGGACGUGCAGUGGCAUCAAAUGAUUACGCAUCUUCUUCGUACUCAUCUCUUCAUGGAGCCACUUGCUAUCGCUAGCUGGAGACAACUUCCUUCUCUCCAUCCACUGUGGAAACUAUUGGCUCCUCAUUUGAAGGGCGUUAUGGCAAUCAACACUCUUUUAAGAGAAAAGUUCCUUGCAGCUGAAGGUUUAGCGGAUCAGACUCUUAGUAUAGGAGGUGGAGGUCACAUCGAUCUCAUGAAAAAGUACUACAAGGGUAUAAAUUGGUCGUCUUUUGACCUUCCAAAUGUCUUAAAGGAGAGAGGGGUGGACGAUCCAGAAAAACUACCUGGGUUCCACUAUCGUGAAGAUGCCUUACGACUAUGGGAGGCCAUCAGUGAUUUCGUCACAAGGAUUGUAUCCAUCUAUUACCACUCGGAUGAGGUGAUUCAAAAGGAUACAGAACUCCAAGCGUGGAUCCUCGACAUUCAUGACAAUGGUUACACUGUCCACGAAGGAGAGGCGGACCAUGGCUUCCCGUCGUCCAUUGCAACCGCUGGGCAGCUGGCUCACAUACUAACUAUUGUUAUCUUUACUUGCUCUUGUCAACACGCAGCUGUAAACUUCUCGCAGAUGGACGUGUUCGGUUUCCCUCCAAAUUCGCCUGGCCUCAUGAGACAGCCGCCUCCAACGGAAAAAGGCACAGUGACCUUGAAAGACAUAAUGAAGAGUCUGCCUACUAAGCACCAGGCAGGAAUUUCUAUUGCAACUGUGUACGAUUUCACUCGAAUUUUUCCCGAUGAGCGUUUCCUUGGUGAUUACCCUGAUAGUUCCUUUACUGACAUGGCUGCCAGAGACGCCAUUUUACGUUUCCAAGGAAAGCUUCACAGAAUUUCGGUCUCAAUAAAGGAGAGGAAUAAGAAGCUUAAGUUUCCAUACACUUAUUUGCUUCCCGAGAGAAUACCAAACAGCAUCGCUAUCUAGACAAACAUACAAAAAUUUUACAUGUCAACUUGUUCAGCUACUUGGUAAAAAUACACAUGGCUGCGAUAUGUUUCACAGCUAAAAAACUUUAAAAGUGAAUGCUUUCCAGGAAGAUCAAGAAUAGAAAAUAUCUUAAUGACCUUUGCUUAAUUACAUGGUAAAACGUGUUUUCAUCAACUUUUGCAUUGAAUUAGUCUCUCCUUACAGCAAUUUAUUUAUUUAUCUAGGUGAGCCUUAAUCAUAGUUCUUUGCGUUUUCUUCUUCAUGUUAAAUCUUAAAUUUCAGAUGAGCCUCACUUUUUCCUUUGUAUAGGAACACUUUUAAUACACGAACGACUUGCUUUGAAAUAUCUAAAGAAAUGUAAAUAGAACUCGACGUAUGUUAAAAACACAUCACUGCCAAGAAGUAUAUAAAUGUAAUUGUUACAAUGUAACGAAGGCAAAUGGCAGACAUUACUGUGUGUUUUUAGAAGACUGGACGUAUUCUAUUACUUUGGUUAAAACCCAGUUACAUGUACAUAGUGCCCUCAAUAGUAAGCUUUAUUAAAUUGUUCAUUAAAUUCUCAA